CGCUCACUGGGACCUCAUGGGUACCCAGAGAUCAGACUUCCGCAAAUCAGAGCCAGAACACUGCCCUGCCCAGUCCUUUGGCAGGCAGCCAUGGGUGGGACCACUGAGUCCCAGCAGCCAAUGAGAAGCACGACUGCCUAGCCCAGCAUUGUCCCAGCUGCCUGUUCAAAUACACCUGCCAGUCCAAGCAGCCAGACCUGUCCUGUCUUCUCUGUCCCUGCCGCUCUCGCCAACAUGCCGAUCAUUGAACUUGACACCAACCUGUCUGCGGACCGCUUACCUGCGGGGCUGGAGAAGCGGCUGAGCCAAGCAGCUGCUGCCAUCCUGAAAAAACCCGAGAACAUCAUGCACGUGUUGGUGCGGCCAGGCCUGACCAUUGUGCAGGGUGGCUCCACUGAGCCCGGUGCGCACCUAAGCGUUACGGCUUUCGAAGGAUUGGGCACUGCAGAGCAGAACCGUGAAUACAGCGCCCGCUUCUUUGAAUUCCUCACCAAGGAGCUGGGUGUUGCCAAGGACAGAAUACUUAUCCGCUUCUACCCAGUGGAACGCUGGCAGAUCGGCAUAAAUGGGACAGUUGCAACAUUUUUAUGAUUGUCGCCAAGGGAUCCGGGGUGUCUGAUGUCUACCACAUCCUGGUUGAGUGGGGAUCUGGGGGAUGCCAAGUUUGAGCUGAGCUGCACAUGACCUCCCAGGUCUCCAUGGUCCUGACCAAUAAAUGAAGAGAGCCUCACAGUGCA